AGGAAGGAGCAAGGAAAGGUCCUGGUCCAUUGCAAAAUGGGAAUAAGCAGGUCAGCGAGCGUGGUUGUGGCGUAUGCCAUGAAGUGGCAUGGCUGGUCGCUUUCACAGAGCCAGGAAUUUGUCAAGCAGAAACGCACCUGCGUCAAGCCGAAUGAGAAUUUCCUGAAACAACUCGAAAUCUACGAGGGCAUCCUCGACGCGAGCAAGCACCGCCACAAUAGCCUCUGGCGUUCCGUGAGCGAAUCGAGCUUGCGUUGCAACGAAAAAUCUCGACGAACGUCUUGCUCAAACGCCGUGCGGAAAGUGAAGAACUUUCUGUGCGUUUCCGAUGAAUCCCGCCGGAAUCCGAAAGGAAAGAAGACCCUCGUGCCGCCGCCGUCGACGACGACGACGACAACGAAGACGGACGAGCCGCGUCCGAAGUCCUGGACGUCGCAAGACGACAGUGCGUCGACGAAACGAGCAUUGCGGCAAUUGAGUGAUACUGGCAUGGAUGUGAGUGAUGGAAUCUCUGCAAAGCCGAGGCCGCGAUCAUACACGGAUUCCUCGAAGCGAAAGACGAGCGUCAGUCGCCCGCUGCGAAAUGUUUUCUGGCCAUUUCGUGCCGGAGAGAGUUACAGCGUCUCUCCGAACAAAGUUGUGCAUUUGGACAAUCCUCCGGACAAAGUUCUUCCAGAAGGAAUCGUGAGAUCGAGUUCUGUGAAAGACCGAAUCUCCGAGUUGGAGAAUUGCCAAGUGAACGUGCCGGCGGUCAAGUGCUGCGAGGAUCUGCCCGAUCACACUGGCUUGGUUCAAACGCUUGCCAAUCAAUUUGAAGCCAAAGGAAAGUCGCUAGAAGAAGGUAGUUCUGGCCAAACGUACUGCGCCAAAGUGGUGCUGAAGCAGUCGUUGCCACGCGGUCACCGAGACCCGUUCUCUGCGCAAGUGGACAAAGUCUUCGACCGCGAAGAGCGACGCAAGGCCCGUGACCCUCAUCCUGACCCGAUCCGAGUCAACGUGAUCCUGCCACCGCAAGUCGCGGCGCUCAAGUCUCACUCGCCUUCGCGACAGAGCUCGUUUGGCUCUGUGGACUCGGCCAUUGUGGUGUCGUCGUCGGUGUGCUCGGAGAAUCCGUCGCGACAGAGCUCGUGGGGCUCGUGUGACACGCAGCGGGUUCCCGUGACGCCUCCGCCGCCGAGGCAUCCGGGGAAACGUCAUCGCUGGGUCAAUAACGCUAUGGUGCUGAAGGAGGCCGAGUCUGAAUAUAAACCGCGUGAGUCUAUAGAAUCGUCUGCAAAGAGGCGUAGUGCGAGUGUGCCGAAAUUUCGGAAAGGAGUACUUCCGAUGCAGGAGCGCAAGUCAAGCCUGGGUUGCUUGUCAAAGGAGGAAAUUGUCAAGUGUGAUAACGAUGAAAAUUUCUUGCCGGGAGACGACGUGGUACCUUCUAAUAACAAUCCUUCGUACGGAACGAUGUGACUGCUUCAUCUCUCGUUUCAUUCCGCGUGUUUUCGUUGACGGUGAUGUGAUUCAGAUGAUUUUUUCAAGUCCUCGAGAAUAGUGUUAUUGUAAUUAUAUUUUGACUGACCUCCGAGGAGUUCCGUGUGUAUUCCAGGGGUUUUUUUUAUUUUAUAGAAUUCUUGAUUCGUGUUGCUACGUGCGCAGAAUUAUUUUGCAAUUUCGCGUUCCCAAAAUGCGUUUUGCACAAUAAACGAAAUUAUUGGUGGCAUUCAAGUCAACUCCUGUAUGAUGUGGUCCGAUCCGGAGCGUCGCACUUGACACAAAUUUGAGCAUGAAUUUCUGCAUUGUUGCAGUCGCCCUAUUCUUGAAAUCUGAUGAAGUGAAGGGAUCUUAAGUCUUAAUGAAAUCGAAUUUUAAGCACUCAUUUUAUACUUUCUAUCUUUUCCAUAAGUCGAACGUAUAAAAUCGUUUUUCUGGGAUAUCUUACCUAACAAUGGGCAGUCGAAACCGCUCAGUUUGGACGCAUGGAUGUGAAUUGUUCUGAAGUGGCGUAUUAUUGGGAGAACGGCAAGUAACCACAUCUGUCCGUAUUCCUAAGGAAUGUUUCUCUUGCGAUAUUUACGCUUUUUUUGUUUGUUUUCAAAUCUCAUUUUCUGGAGUUAGAUGAUGCCGUUCUUCUUCGAUAUUGGCUUUCAUUAUGACUGCGGUGUGCUUGCGUAGUUGGUGCCUGUGAUAUUGAACUCCUCGUCUCCGCAGCUACGUUUCUGCGUUUUUCUCGUUUUCUUUUGAUGCAUUUCAGUUUUUUUGGAGUUCUUCGUGGUCGGAAUUCGUUUCGUGUCCUCGCGCUCGGUUUUUCUUGGUUUUCUUUUUCAAUGCGUUGAUGUCAGUUCAAGUACAAUUUUCAACCCUCACUUUUCCCGUGUAGUAGGAAACCUGAGGUUCAUCCCGGUAGAUGGGAACUGGACGGCAAAUGUUGUGCUUUUCUUUGGGUGGUUUCUGACGGGGAACAAGUUUUGUGGAAACGCAAAUUGUACUUGAACGCACCACGGAAGUGUCUUCAUUUCUACCCGUGCUGUGAUGUGUUUUCUCUUGCGCUGCAGGAACGCGUACUUGAACCGAGUUUGACAAGGUGGUUUGUCAGAAUGCAAGAAUUGUGGGACACGGAAGA